GGUGAGGGCAUGUGGUUUAGCUUGCACGUGUGGUACGCGAGUCGAGAUGACUAAAUGACCGGCUAUAACCAGUGUAUUCACCGGUCACCAUAUCUUUAAUAUUUUUAGAUUUUCCACCCGAAUCUUUCAACAAAUCUUUAAUUUCUACCCUUUUUUCUCUUUCUUAUUUUAUUUACCCAUUUUUCAUUUUUUUUCUCUCAAAGAAACAAAAACAAAACAAUCACUCACUCACAAGAAGGUAAACCAAACAAAAGAGAGAGUACGGGUUUCUUCGUCAUUCUCACGAAUUCGUGAAUUUUUUUUUGUUUUCGUCAUCUGGGUUUUCUCAAAUUCUCUUCCUUUUUAUCUUCUGAGAUUAUCUGGUUUGCAAAGUGCAAACCUUUUGUACUGGGUUCUUUGAUUUUUUUUUUUGUUCCUUGUCAUUAUUCUUCAUGAUUUCUCCUUUUUCUGUUUCUCGAAAUUUGUGGUUAUAAAAUUCACAUUUUUGAGAGCAGUUGGGCUUCUUCAAUCAUGUGUUUAUGAUGUUUUGUUUAUUAACAAGAGUUGAAUGAAUCUUCUUUUUGACCGUUGAAAAGAGAGAAAACAAAAUUAAAGCAAAAGGAAAGAGGAAGAAGAAGAAGAAGAAGAAGAAGAAGAAGAUUGUGUUGUUGUUUUAACGCUUCUUUGUUAGAUAAAGACAUGCUUUUCUAUCAAAGGCAUUAUUUUCCCAAAUGUUGUGAGUUUGAGAAGAAACGUCUCUAAAAAUUGGUUUUUUUUUUUUGUGAGAGAUUUUGUUUCUUUAGAUUCUUUGGAAAUGCCGAUGUUUCAGCCGUUAAAGAGAGAUGGGUUGAUAGGAUUUGAAGGUGGUGGUGAUGGGCAAGUCUUAGAUCUGGAUACAGCGGUGAAAGAUGGAGUUCUCGGUGGUGUUAAUGGUGGAGUUGUUGAUGAGAAAUUGGAUCUGAAGAAGAUGAUAAAGGAGCUAGAUUUACAAGAUAUACCUUCUGUUUUCAUUUGUCCUAUCUCGUUAGAGCCGAUGCAAGAUCCUGUGACCUUGUGUACUGGUCAAACCUAUGAAAGGUUAAACAUUCACAAAUGGUUUAACCUAGGUCACUUGACUUGUCCUACUACAAUGCAAGAGCUUUGGGAUGAUACGGUAACUCCUAAUAAAACUCUUCAUCAUUUGAUCUAUACUUGGUUCUCUCAGAAGUAUGUGUUGAUGAAGAAACGCUCUGAGGAUGUUCAAGGACGAGCUAUUGAGAUUUUGGGGACUUUGAAGAAAGCUAAAGGUCAAGCUAGGGUUCAUGCGUUGAGUGAGCUUAAGCAGAUUGUUGUUGCUCAUCUUAUGGCCAGGAAGACUGUUGUUGAAGAAGGAGGUGUCUCUGUGAUCUCUUCUCUUUUGGGUCCUUUUACUUCUCAUGCUGUUGGAUCUGAGGUUGUUGCUAUUCUUGUCAGUCUUGAUCUUGAUUCGGAUUCGAAAUCCGGGUUGAUGCAACCGGCUAAGGUUUCUUUGAUUGUUGAUAUGUUGAAUGAUGGAUCCAAUGAGACUAAAAUCAAUUGUGCGAGAUUGAUUAAAGGAUUGGUGGAAGAGAAGGGGUUUAGAGCAGAGCUGGUUUCGAGUCAUAGUUUGCUUGUUGGGUUAAUGAGAUUGGUUAAGGAUAAGAGACAUAGAAAUGGAGUUUCUCCUGCACUUGGGUUGCUUAAACCAAUUUCGGUUCAUAAACAAGUUCGAAACUUGAUGGUUAGCAUUGGAGCAGUGCCUCAGUUAGUCGAUAUCUUACCGUCUUUAGACCCGGAAUGUUUGGAGUUAGCUCUGUUUGUUCUUGAUGCUUUGUGUUCAGAUAUGGAAGGAAGAGUUGCUGUCAAAGACUCUGCAAACACGAUACCGUAUACCGUUAGGGUGCUGAUGAGGGUGUCUGAGAAUUGCACUAGCUACGCGCUGUCGAUUCUUUGGUCUGUCUGCAAAUUAGCUCCAGAAGAAUGUUCACCACUUGCUGUUGAGGUCGGUCUUGCUGCAAAGUUGUUACUCGUGAUCCAGAGCGGGUGUGAUGCAGCGUUGAAGCAGCGGUCAGCGGAGCUACUCAAGCUCUGUAGUCUACAUUAUUCAGACACCAUGUUUAUUUCCAAAUGCAAACUCACAAGGACAAUCCAAUAGCAAAAGUUUAUAUCUUUGAUCACAAGACACAUGAUUCAGCGGGGUUAUCCAUGAAAAGGUAAAUGUGCAUUGCGAAUCUGCCUCUGCCCCUGAUGUAUAUAUAGAUGAAGAGUUUGAAGAUUGAGCUAUUGGUUUUGGUGGUAACAAUUCAAAGGAAGAAGCAAUCCGCAGAUGGAAACACGGGGGAGAGGAAGAAACCGGGCGGGUGAGGGAUCGGUAUGUAAUGUUGUCAUGUUGGUUCGUUAUGCAAUAAGCAUUGGGAAUUAGAAAAAAUGUGUAAAGUUACUGCCUUUGGUUCAAUCAAAUUCAGAAGAAAAGGGAAAAAGAAGAAAGGAACCAUAUUAAGUCUCUUAUUGUUAACCUCUCGAUUUGGGUUCUUGUGAGAGGUUGUUUUGCUUUUUUGACCAUUCACAACAGAAAAAGAAAAGAAGCAAAAUCUUUUGACCUGAACUUGUAGAGCCUCUUUUAAGCUUUUGAAUCUUUUUUCUUCAUUCAAUGUUUUCUUUUAGCAUUACUUAAGAUUAUGAAAUUAGACAAUUGUCAUGA